GGCCGGCGGGCAGGCUCGGCGCGUCCGUUCCGUCCGGCCCGCGCCGGCGGCGGGGAGGCGGCGCGCAGCCCGCAGCCCGCCCAUGGAGGCUUUCCCCUGGGCGCCCCGCUCGCCCCGCCGCGGCCGCGCCCCCCCGCCCAUGGCGCUCGUGCCCAGCGCCCGCUACGUGAGCGCCCCGGGCCCGGCGCACCCGCAGCCCUUCAGCUCCUGGAACGACUACCUGGGGCUCGCCACGCUCAUCACCAAGGCGGUGGACGGCGAGCCGCGCUUCGGCUGCGCCCGCGGUGGGAACGGCGGCGGCAGCUCCCCGCCCUCCUCCUCCUACUCGUCCUGCUGCUCCCCACACGGGGGAGCCGGGCCCGGGGCGCUAGGGCCAGCGCUGGGGCCGCCCGACUACGACGAAGACGACGACGACGACAGCGACGAGCCGGGGUCCCGGGCCCGCUACCUGGGGGGCGCGCUGGAGCUGCGCGCACUGGAGCUGUGCACGGGCCCCGCCGAGGCCGGGCUGCUGGAGGAGCGCUUCGCGGAGCUGAGCCCGUUCGCCGGUCGCGCUGCCGCCGUGCUGCUGGGCUGUGCGCCCGCCACCGCCACCGCCACCGCCACCGCCACCACCGGCGAGGCGACUCCGCGCGAAGAGCGGGCCCCGGCGUGGGCGGCAGAGCCCAGGCUGCACGCGGCCUCCGGGGCGGGGGCCUCCCGGCUGCUGAAGCCCGAGCUGCAGGUGUGCGUGUUCUGCCGGAACAACAAGGAGGCGAUGGCGCUCUACACCACCCACAUCCUCAAGGGCCCCGACGGGCGAGUGCUGUGCCCUGUGCUGCGCCGCUACACGUGUCCCCUGUGCGGCGCCAGCGGCGACAACGCGCACACCAUCAAGUACUGCCCCCUCUCCAAAGUGCCGCCGCCGCCCGCCCGCCCGCCGCCCCGCAGCGUCAGGGACUGCCCGCCCGGCAAGAAGCUGCGCUGAGGACCCUGGCUCUCGGCUCCCCAGGGUCGCCGCAGCCGCCCCUUGCACCGCUGGGUCUGCGCAGCAUCUCGCCACUGCUGUGGGGAGGCGUGUGGCUCAGCGGUCGGCUCGACUUGGGACGUCGUCCUGGUUUUUCAAAAGCAGCGACCGUGUAGAGUACUUUCCUGCCGAGCGGUUGGGACUGGACGCUGAAAUCCCCGUUUGUCUUCAGUUUCUAGUUUGCACAUCCAGAACGGCGAAGGCUGGGUGUGUAUUCCACUAACUGAAAUAUGGCAACGUAGAGGCGCUGUUUAUUUACUGUAUACGUCGACCUAUUUUAGAUGCGCGUCAGUAUGAAAUUGUCUCAAUCUAAUAUUGGAUGUUUCAUUUUAUGAAUGGAGGCACUUUACUAGGUCUAGAGUAUUUUUUUAAAAGCCUCUGAACUGAGCUUAAAAAUGGCGAUUUUAUGAAAUGUCGGCAAAAUGACUAUUUUAUUGUUUGAAGCGAGUAAUACUCUUAGUUGUCCUUAAAAAUCAGUUACUCUAAUUCCAGGUAAAGCAAGCCCCUGGUAGCAUCACCCUUAUGAGAAGUGAAGGUUUUGUAAACUUUCCAGUAUUAAUUUGGGCGGGUAUUCCCUCCUUGUGGCUUGUUUCUGUCCUAGCUGGAGGUGUAAGAUGCAGUCUGUAGCAGGUAGAAUACAGCUCCUUAUCCUUUUAUGUACCGGAUCUUUUAUUACUGAACUAGCAACUAGUCUUUUCCACCUUUAAAAGUUGUGCCAAGUCAUAAUCAUAUUGUGUAUAACUUGGAAAUGGUGCUGUUUAAAAAACUUGUGUAUUUAUACAGUAACAGUAUGAAUUUAUUAAUCUCACCUGUAACUUUCCUACUUGGCCUUUUCUCUACGCACUCACUUCUAGUUCUUGAAAAACGUUUAUAUUACGAUCAAAGGGAGGAAGGCAAGACAGCAGUAUUAAUUCACCCUAGACUGCUGAAUUUCAGGGUUCCUAAAUGGUGGAGGAAAGCCCAUUCCAGCUGUUGCCUCUCAAAUAGAAGAUGGAUCUCUAGCUCCGACUUGUUCGUGUAUCAACUCGUAUUCGAGAAGGUUCGACCUUAAGAAUACAGGCAGUGCUCAAACUAGAAUAAGCACUAAUUAAAGCAAUUGUUGGGGGUCCUUCACGUUACCAUUCCUACUGGAAGACCCACGUCGAUUUCUGGAACCCCACCGGUUACCCAUAAGCAAGACUAAACCUGAUCCUUAGGCAGAAGUUCCUAACCCCUACUUUACCCUCCCACCCUCACUUUUAAAUCCACCAUACUGAAUGCCACACUGUGGAAUGCAGCCAGUGUGGCUGCCAAUCAAGACAAAAAUAAGUGAAUUAAGAUGAACUCACCUGAAAUGCAUCACUAUCUGAAGAUACCAGCAUGAGAUUUAGUAUACAUGUAUUAGGCUCCCAGCAGGAUUUAGCUAGACAAUUAGACUGCUUUCACAUUCCACAGCUAACUUCCUCCACAGCAAAUUGGCUCAAUCAGGAACCUUCAUUUGAAGGUGUGUUUAGAGGGUGGGGAAAAUACUGGAUAGCUGUCUUUUUGGUCAAAGGUGCCUAUCAAGAACCCCGGGGCAGGUAGGAGAAAAGCAGUUUCUUAGCCAGGAAAGAAAAAAAUCCAACCUUGCUAGUCUUCCCAGACUAGAGAACUGCAGAUCUGACUGGGCCUGAAUUAAGUAGCUUAAUGAAACUGUAAUCGUCCUUUUGCUAGAAAAUACACCGAUUUAAAUGAGCUUUGCUUUCUGGAUGAAGUUUCUAUGGUCAACACGAAUCCUCUUACCUCUCCCACUGCUCCGGUUCUGCCUUUCCAAAAGGACCACUAUAAAUGGAUCAGUACAUUACUCUAGGCCGAAAGGGCUAGCCAGGUGGCAAGAUCAACUAAGCUACUUUGUAUUUUUAAGAGUCAAAUUAUAGAUGUGAGGCUUUGACAUAGCCUCAAUAUAUGGGAGUCACUGUGACGAGAUACACAUUUCACAUUCUGACACCACUACUGUUUUACCAGAACUAAGAACAUGUUGAGCUGGAGUUUCCUGAGGGCAGGAUAGUAUUAGGAAAGGUAUCCAGAAGACCCUCUGUUAACUAGUCAGGCAGCCACUAUUCAUGUAUUUUUUAAGUACCCCAUUUUCAGACCGGGCAUGGUAGCUCACACCUGUAAUCCUAGCACUUUGGGACGCUGAGGCAGGCGGAUCACAUGAGGUCAGGAGUUUGAGGCCAAUAUGGGGAAACCCCGUCUCUACUAAAAAUACAAAAAUUAGCUGGACGUGGUGGCAGGUGCCUGUAAUCCCAGCUACUUGGGAGGCUGAGACAGUAGAAUUGCUUGAACCCAGGAAGCAGAGGUUGCAGUAAGCCCAAAUUGCACCACUGCACUCCAGCCUGGGCAACAGAGUGAGACUGUCUCAAAAAAAGAAAAAAACAAACCAUUUUCAGCCCCUGUGCAAAUAUGCCUAGGUUUUCCAGCUGACAAUACUGAAGUUAAAACACCAAAUAUUACUAUAGUUAAUUUUCUAGGGUUCUUAUGAAAAGUACAUGUAAACACAUUCAUUUAAAAUCCUUGGAACUCAAUGUGAGACUUUAAACAUUUUGCAAAAUUACAUUUUGAGAAACCUCAUUUCUCAAAGUUUAAGAAAUAUGCAAAGUAAUUAUGACAAUUAUCUUAACAUGCUGCAUGCUUGGCUAAGUAGCAAAAUACAGGGAAUACUCAAAAGGGCUUCUUCAACUAUAGAGGUACAGAUUGUCUUAACCUGUUCUUUUCUGUACAGACUCAAAAAUUUCUAGUGGCUUUUAUUUAUCUUUGUAUUUUAAUUUUCCAACAAAGUCCUUUUUGGAAGUUGCAGAAUUAUUAGCUUUGAUGAGAACAACUUUUGUCAUAGAUUUGAUUUAUUAAACUAAAAUUAUACAUAUUAAAAUUAUAUCACAAAUAUAUAUGCUUCCAGACAAAGAAAAGUUUGUUAGUCCUGAUUUUCUAAUCAUAGCCACUCAAGAACAGUCCUUUGACAGUACCCCAUAUAUUUCAGUUAGACUUAUAAAAGUAUAAAUCAAUCUAUGGUCAGUGUCUUUGGUUAAAAAAAAAACACACACACAGGUAGUUCUUGACAUAAAAACAUCCCAUCCCACACAUUAUAGAUGCCAACCACCUCCUGGUAGCCACUAUGGACAACUAAUGAGAUGCAGAGUCUUUUUUGGACCCAUGAUGUCUCGGCCAUUGGAUCCAUCUGUAUUAACAGUAAUGUUACUCUCAAUGAAAACUGCAGAAGCCACCGGGAACAUGGAAGACCACCUAGCAGGUCGGUGAGUAGGCCGGUUGUUCAGCUUCCCUUUAACACCUGUUGGUAAAUACUAGGGAGUAGACAGGGUUGUACAGCCUGGAGCCAAGAGUAGGAUUGCAAGGUAACAGCAUCGGACUCUUCUGCCCUCCUCUUGCACUUGGGUUCUGAGUCCCAGGACAAAGAACUUGGGAAAACAGUACAGGAAACUGAGCAGAAAGGAUGGGUUUGCUGACUAGCCUCAAAAUCUAACACUGAUGUAGGCAGCUGUAACUCAUCUGAACAAAUCUGAUUAAAUAAAUAAUUGGGGCUUACCUGUGAUUUCACAUGUACAGAUCUACUCUCUAGGAAGCAAACUCUUAGCAGGUUACUGCCCCACUUAUAAUCACUGAUCUGAAAUUCUCUUGUUAUGAAAGAAAAGUCCUUCUCCCCACAAAACACCUUUUAAGACUUCUACUUAUUUGAAGUGCCAGAUAGUAAGAAAAGUGUUUAAAAUGAUUUCUAUAAUUGGUAACAUCAAACAGAAAAGGCUGCAUCUGGUUAAGUAAAAAAGUAUUAAUACUCCCUCUUCUGGCCCUACAGCUGUACCAAUAGGAAUUCUCACUACUACUCAGUAACAGAAACAGUAAGUGCCUACAGCCAUGAUGAAUUUGUAACAUUCUCAAAUUAACUAUGAUUUUUCUCAUUUCAGGUGAAAACCCAUGGUGGUACUUCAAACACACACAUGCACACACAAACUCAAGAGGACAGCCUUACAAGGAAACUAAGGAAUUCCUGCAUUAACAAAGGAAGACAUUUUAGGGGAGAAAGCCUAGCCACAUAGGCUUUGUUAUAUUUAGGUUCAUUUUUGUUGAUACUAAACAGACAUUUAAUGGCACUGAUAAAAAUUCAAGUAAAAAACUCAACUGAAUAUGCAAACUUACUAAUAUAAACAAAAUACUAACUAUAACCACAAAUCAACACUAAAACAAAUUCUGUAAGUAUUUUAUUUAUCACUGAAGAAAAAAACACAGCAGCAAGUUCUGUGUUGGCUUCAAUGAGACCAAAGAGUUAAUCUUUAAACAUAGCUACUACACUCCAAAAUUGAAGUCAACACAGUCAUUACUACAAAUUACUUGUUGAAAGAAUCUAUCUUGAAGAGAAAGAAAAUUAGGAAAGAGAAUUUAAACGAUUCCUCCAAACCAUACAUUUAUAAAUAUUGUCAUAUUUAAAAUGCUUGAAAGGCAUGAAUUCUCCAUUAAUGGAAAAGCAGUUUGCUAUUGGCAACAGAAAAAAAAAAAAAAAAAAAACUUAGCGACAGUUUACCAAAUGCUUUAAAAUUUAAAAGCUGUACUGUUUGGAUUCACACUUGGGCAGUAUUCUUUUCAUUACAACAGUAACUGCAAAUUGCUUUAUACUCACCUCCUCUCAAGUAAAAUCUAAAGAAAACCACACUGUAUCCAAUGUUUGUAAUGUUUACUUAAAGUGAAUCUAAAAACAUUCCAAUUUAGUUUGUGGUAAAUACCUCAAAGUAUCUAAAAGAGGUACAUUUCAACCACAUGAAAAGGUGUGAAAAUUGUUUCGGAUUCACUGCUUUAAAGGGUCUUCAAAUAUGUUUUCUUUAACAGAAUCUUACUUCAUUCCAAAUUAAUAUACUUCAAAAUAAAAUUUUAAAAAAAGAUCAGUUCUAUAUCAAGAUAAGGGUGUUAAUACCUGAAGGUUCACAUUUUAAAUUUAUUUUUUAGGUUUCUUGUCAACAAAUGAUUGAUGAAAUAAUGCAACACCCCCUAAAUUCCAGAAAAUGGCAUGGUUUUUCCAACCUCCUGUGGAUAUGGUGCAUGAUCAAUCUAUUAUAUAGGAUUAAUACAAGUUCAUGCUUUUUGUGUUAUGGUGAAACAACAUUAAAGAAUCCAAUUUAGAUUG